UUCUCAAGCGAGUCAACAAGAAGUCAAAGUCGAGUUCAGUCAUUAACGACCGGUUGACCGGGCGUUUUCUUUCUGUACUCAGUGCAUUCGUGUGCUCUCCAAACGACCGUAUUUUAAAUUUAUAUCACAUAUAAAUGUGGCAUAAGUGCACAUUAUUAUGCUUUAGUGACUUUUAAAUCAACUUUUAAACAUUGCCUAGAGUAUUGGCUUUGUGUGAUUGCAAUAGAAAGACUUGUGAUCAGAAUAAUAUGAUUUUCUAUUGUCUAAAAUUGAAUAUUAAAUUAUUAUUUUAAUUACUGCAUUUAUAUUGUGCUACUGAAGAAUUCUUUGGAGCAUUCAAGAGCUGGUGAACCUACUGACCACUAGUUAUAUACAUAUUUGUUGUUCUAAAGUUUGUAAAUAGUUAUAUACAACUAUGCAGUUAUUUCUGGGUCUUUUAAUAACUAUAAGUUGUCUUGUAAUUCAUGUCCAUUCACAUGGAAGAUUAAUUGAACCACCUUCAAGAGCAUCAAUGUGGCGGUAUGGCUUUGAUACACCACACGAUUACAACGACCAUGAGUGUUAUUGUGGUGGAUUCACUCGACAAUGGCAAAGGAAUAAAGGAAAUUGCGGAAUCUGUGGUGAUGCAUGGGACCUAAAACAGCCAAGAGCACAUGAGACUGGUGGAAAAUAUGGCAAUAGUGUCAUAGUACGGAAAUAUAAGACAGGUCAAGUGAUUCCAAUACAUAUCCAGCUAACAGCAAACCAUCGUGGAUACUUCGAAUUUAAAAUUUGUCCGAUGACUGUCAAGGGCAAAGAAGUGACUCAAGACUGUUUGGAUAAAACUGUUUUAGCUAUGAGUAAUGGAACAGCAAGAUACUACCCAGGACCGGGGAAUAAAAUAUUUGAAACUCUUUACAAACUUCCUGAUGACUUAACGUGUGCUCAAUGUGUUUUGCAGUGGAGAUACGUUGCUGGAAAUAAUUGGGGAGAUUGUGGAAAUGGCACUGGUGCAGUUGGUUGUGGACCACAAGAAGAAUUUCGUGGCUGUGCAGAUGUCACAAUCGGUGAUAAAUAUCCUCCUCUGGCUCUUCCAAAGGCACCAACAUCAGACUCUUCAUCUACUGCCAGCCCAGGCGAAGUUCCAACAGAAGAAUGGCCAGCAUUAGUACCAGGAUUAAACUCUUAUUGGUACCUCAGCUUUAUCAUUGCUGGGAUAUGCUUCUUGGUUGUUGUAGCCGCACUCUCAUUGAUUUAUGUUUAUUAUUACCACGCUGGACGAGCUAAAAAAUGGUUAAUGGCCAGAAGAUGUGCACCCGAGGCUCAACCUCAACCUCCAGUUGCACCACCAAGACAUAAAAGACUAUCUUCCACCAGUCUACAUUUUUGAAAUACUAAAAAAUCAUUCUGUAUAUAAUUAUCACUUUAUUUAUUUUUUUUAUUAUUAUUUUUUUUAAUAUUUGCGUGUUUAAUAAACUGCUAUGAUGAAUUUUAUGUGUGAUGAAAAUAUGGAACAUUAUUUAAAAUAAAGUUUCUGAUUUUUUU